AUGAAACGGUCAACACGUUGGAUGAUUGUCAUUGUUUAUUAUACAUCACAACUAUUGGGAAUGGUGGCCUUUACCUACAACUAUGAUACGGGCAAAUUGAAGACAACUUUUCUCAGCACAUUCUACAGCUCUAUGGUGAGCAUGCUGAUGUUUAGUUCGGUAACACUAAUAUUUCGUAUACAAUGGAAACCCAGAAAUGCCAAUGGUCCGGAAUUACAUUUCAAAAUCACAGCCUUAAUGUGUUUGAUACGCAUAGUAGCCAUAAUAAUGACGGUGCUAUUGAAUUGGUCCAGACGCAAGGAAUUCAUUAGAACCAUAAAAGCUUUCCAACAUGCACGUGACAGAUUAUUAAAAAACUCUAAAAUGUCGGAAAAAGUGCUGAAGAAUUUCGAAAAAUCUAUAAGAACAAAGUUUUAUUGGGGUUUAAUAUCAAACAUAAUAAUAUUUGUGAAUUCCUAUGAUAUUCUUCGGGGUAUUUUUGAUAUUGAUUCGCCCAUAAUAAUAACGGGUUUGGGUACUAUGGCCACUGUGCUGAAUCUUAUAAUGACCCACUACUUUUUCGCUUUACUAAAUGUCAAUGCUCUGUUGGCCGUCAUCAAUGAAGAGGUUAAGCAAAUAUUGAAUACCUCCUCGGUGCUGUUUAAGCUACAACGUUUGAAACGCAUAAAACCGGGGGCCUUUGUAACGGCUUGUUGCAAAUUGUCGGAUAAAUUGGAUGAACUGGCCAUUAAUCAAUAUAAUUUACAGAAUAUAGGAGUACGUGUCAAUCGCAUGUAUGAUUUGCAGGGUGUUUGUGUUGUGCUGACUUUGUAUAUGAAUAAUAUCAGUGUCAUUUACAUGUCCUAUAUGGUGGUGCAGCAUGAAGAGUUGUCACAGGAGUAUGGUACUAUCACGUUUAUGGUAAUUAUACCAAUAGCAUUAUUUUUCUACUACAUGGAUUUACAUAUAUUCAUGGUGAAUAUGCUAAAUUUUGGAGACUAUGUGGAGAAGACCGCGUAUUUGUUGAAAAAUCGUCAACCCUGGUUGCCGACAUUGGACGAGAGGUUUGAGAAGAGUGUGAGUAAAUUGGAAAUUUUGUGUUAUUAG